AUGUCGACCAGGUCGCGAGGCGAUGACGAGGCCAACGCGUUGCUCGCCGGCUGUGGUCCUUCUUUGAUUGGGUCAACCAUCGCAGUGCCAGCCUCGUUCGUGCCAACAUCGAUGCUGGAAGCAGGAGGAUACCAGAAGCAGGGUGUGGAUCGAAAACCGAGCGAUGACGAGCAACGAAAGAGUCGCAAGGCGCUGGCGAGACGCUGGUCGGAGCCAUACAGCGAUGACAGCAUCGUGGAUCUGCUAGACGCGUCUCGCUUCGGCUUGCUUGUAAACUACGCGUGCAUCGGAUUCCUGAACGGGUUAUUACCAGCACUGGUAUAUCCAUUCUUCAAGCUCUAUCUCAAUAUGGACGGCUUCCAGGUCUCAGCAGCUGCGACGGUGGUGAGGUUGCCGUGGUCAUACAAAACGCUCUUCGGAUUGCUAUCCGACCACUUGCCAAUCUCUGGAUAUCGACGUAAGCCAUACAUGUUGAUCGGCUGGGCCAUCAGCAUUGUGGCGCUCGUAGUACUAGCAUACAACCCAAUCGAAGCGCCAUACUACAAAGCCGGCGAGAUCCAACGCACUCGCGAAAUAAACUUGCGCGUCAUAGAGAACGAGGACGCUGCAGCUUCUGGAGGGCAAUAUCUCCUCCUUUUGCUUGUUGUUUGUGCUGGAUACGUCAUGACCGACGUAGCGUGCGACGGUGUAAUGGUGGAGAUGGCCCAGCUUGAGCCGAUCGAAGUACGUGGUCGAGCCCAAACAACGAUCUACAUGGUACGCUACAGCGCCAGCUUGGCGGCAGGCCUCGUAGCGGCGCUCUGCUUUAACGGAAAAGUGUAUGGCGGGACGUUCUCCUGGAGCGUGGCACCGAACAGCGUCUUUUGGGGCUGCGCAGCGGUGGCUCUGCUUGGCUGCUGCAGUACAAUACUCUUCUUGGACGAAACACGCGCCGGAUCAAGCGAUACAAGCAAAAGCAAACCAAUUCAAACCACGCCGAUGCACGAAAUGUGGCGAAUUCUGCAGCAACGCGCAAUCUGGCAGCUUGUAGCCUUCCAUUUCUGGCAUUCCUUCCUCACAUCCGUCAGCUUUUCGGACCUCUCUGCGAUACAGGAGUUCUGGGUGGGCGUCACACCGCUCAACAGCAGUUUGGCUGGCUGUGUCUCCACCGCGCUGGUCGUUUUUGCAACAUUCUUGAUGCGAGAGUACUACCUCAAUGCUAGCUGGCGCUGGAUCAUGCUCACAUGCUCGUUGUUCACCACUAUCGUCUUCAUCGGGGUGAAUUUGGUGACAACUUUCAACAUCGUACGGAGUCAAUGGUUCUACCUUGGGGGACCGCAGUUCGCUGCCAUCCCGGAGGGCAUGCGCAGCGUCGUAGCAGGCUUCGUGACGGUGGAAAUUGCAGAACCGGGAUUCGAAGGCGCGACGUACGCGCUGCUGACUACCGUGCAUAACUUGGCUUGGCCCUUCGCACAGAGCGUGACCAAUAUCGUGGACGCGUAUUUCGACGUGUCCGACACGGCCAUCGCAUCGGACACGCUGCACGUGCGUUGGCAAGUUGCGUAUUGCCUCUUGAUCGCAGGAGGCGUGCAACUGCUGGGGCUAGUGACUUUGGUGCUGCUACCCGAUCAAAAACAGCAAGCGCAGGACUUGAAGCGCCUCGGAGGCUCGAGCCGUCUUGCCGGGAGAUUGACGAUCGUCGGUAUCGUUGUAACGCUGGCGUGGGCCACCACAACCAACAUACUUGCGAUCCACAGCUCCACCGCAUGCUUGAGCAUCGCCGGCGGCCAAGGGUGUUGA